AUGUCAGAAGAUAAUCCCCCAUCCUACCGAUGUGAUGUAAUCCUGGCCCCGUCUCAGUACACCACUGUGUCUCCUCCAGGUCCUGCAAGAGAGCAAGAUAGGAACCAUAGGACGCAUCGGCCAUCUGAAAUUUACCACCCUUUGAAUCUGACUCUUUUGUCAGAUGCAGACAUAACUGAUAUUGUUCUUGCCUGGGUGAAGACCAAGACAUUCCUCUCCAGUGGACCUGCUAAAGAGUUCAUGGUGACAUCCACAAACAAUGACGUCAUCUUCUUCUAUUUCCUUGAGACAUUCACGGAGCACAGGUCAGUCUGCAUGCGAUUCGAGCCUCAAAUAAAAGACCUCCCUCAAUCCAGCGACACCAACAACCAAGAACCUCGACCCUGGAAGGUAGCCGUCUCGCCUGUCAAGAUGUUUAGUAACCAGGUGUGCCACUACCGCCUGAUCAACACAGACCAGCACAGGGGUUGCCAAUAUUGCCAGGAGCAGCAGUGGGUGACAUGCUCUCGUUGUGGUGGAGUAGGCCAAAAACCAUGUGCCAUGUGUAAGAUACAUCAGGGACCACAGUCCAAGCAAUGUAGCCACUGUCAGGGGAAGCGGCAGGUUUCCUGUGCAGCUUGCAUGGCGCUGGGUCGAGUGUGCUGCAAAAUGUGCGUGGGCAAAGGACGCCUGUGCUACUUCAAGGAAUUGAGGGUGGAGUACCGGACCCACAUGGAAAAUCGGCUGCUGACUGGUUGUGGGGUGCCGGAGAAGAAGCUGCUGAAGGCGGCUGGGGACGUGGUCCACGCCAGCAUAGGGACCACAGUGAGGCCUCUGUCACAGUUUUCAGUGCCAGAGGUGAACGACGUCUCACAGCAGAUGGUAGAGGCAUCCCAUCGAAGGUGGCCGCACUGUAAGGUCAUCCAGCAGAGGCAUCUCCUGAAGGCCAUACCGGUCACAUUUGCUCAGUACUACUGGAAAGGCGAGACUGGAGGCUUCUACAUCUAUGGGACAGACAACCGGGUAUACUGGCCAGACUACCCUCAGUGCAGAUUGUCGGAUCGCUGCACCAUUGCCUAG